AUGCCUCCUGACUUUGACAUUCCCAAAUGCAUUGAGCUGCAUCACUUCUCAGAUGCCAGCACUAAUGGAUAUGGACAGUGCUCCUACAUAAGGACCACAAACGAAGAAAACGUUCAUUGUGCGUUGCUGUUCACAAACCGUGUCCAGAUGAUACGAGAUGUAACUGACCCAUGCCAAUGGUACUAUGUCGACACCAGCAACAAUCCAGUUGACCACGCAUCUCGAGGUCUACGUGCAACCGAAAUUCAGAAGUCCUCAUGGUUAACUGGACCUGUCUUUUUGUGGCAACAUCAGCUUGAGACUGUAAGUGUAGAUACUGAGCUACAACUUGGGGACCCUGAAGUUAGAUCUGCACGAACCUUGUGCACCAAAGUCACUUCUUCUCCUAGUAUUAUGGACCUGCUUUUGAAAUCUAGGAUCUCUUCUUGGACCAGAAUGGUUUCUGUUACUGCCAGACUGCAGAGGCUAUCUAAUGGCAUCAAGGGAACCCAUCCACCAACAGUGGAAGAACGACAAAGGGCAGAAUUAACACUGGUGAAACUGAUUCAACACAGUGCAUUUCUUGAUGCUGUUAGUGCAAUGAGGUCAUCAGAAUCACUACCAAGCAGUAACCCUAUUCACCCUUUAGACCCAGUUCUACAAGAUGUAGUCCUCAGGGUUGGAGGAAGAUUGAGGAAUGCAAAUAUCUCAUCAGCACAGAAGCAUCCUAUCAUCUUGCCAAAAUGCAAUCAUUUUACAAGACUCAUACUUCAACACGCACAUAUACUAGUGCAUCAUCAAGGCAGAGGAAUCACUCAUAAUAAGUUGGGUUCUUUAGGAUAUUGGAUUAUUGGAGGAAGCAAAGCAGUGGCAGAUUUCAUACGUCAGUGUGUCUUAUGCAGAAAAUUAAGAAAACCCACAGAAAUUCAGAAAAUGGCAGAUUUACCUAAGGACCGUGUGGAACCAACACCGCCAUUCACUUACUGUGGUAUGGACUGUUUUGGACCGUUUCUGCUGAAAAAUGGACGCAGGGAAGCAAAGAGGUAUGGUCUACUCUUUACUUGGAUGUGUUCAAGAGCCAUACACAUAGAAAUGUUGGAUGAUAUGAGUACAGAUUCGUUUAUAAAUGGAUUGCGUUGCUUCAUAGCCAUUCGGGGAGCAGUUAGACAGAUUCGUUCUGAUCAGGGAUCUAAUUUCAUUGGUGCUAGGAACGAAUUUGAAAGAGAACUUGACAAAGGGAAAGUUGUAACCUUUCUAGCUGAAGGACAGUGGUGCGACUUUGUAUUGAAUGCCCCUAGCUCUAGUCAUACUGGUGGGGUUUGGGAAAGACAGAUCAGAACUGUGCGGAAUAUACUCGACUCUGUAUUGUCACUCGCACCAGGAAGACUUGAUGACGCAUCACUAAGGACCUUGUUCUAUGAGGUUAUGUCGAUAGUAAACUGCCGUCCACUAUCAGUCAGUGAGAUCGACAACCCAGAUUCUUUAGAGCCACUUACUCCAAACCACAUCUUAACGGGGAAGAUCACUUCACCACUCCCCCCUCCUGGAGAGUUUGUGAAGGAAGACCUCUAUAUUCGCAAACUCUGGGGAAGAGUGCAGUACCUUCUGGAACAGUUUUGGUCAAGGUGGAAACGAGAAUACCUAGCACAGAUCACCUUGCGUCAGAAGUGGCAUGGAAUUCGUCGGAACAUUCAGGAAGGUGACAUUGUUCUAGUGAAAGACGUAGAUUUGCCACGCAACCAAUGA